AUGAAGUCGUCAGGCCAGGGGAAGAGGAAGGUGUUAGGGGUGUCUGUGAAAGGGAAUAAAGCCUCGGGAUCUCCGGAGAACUGUGGGAAGAGAAGCUAUAAACGUCGGGAAAAAACAGUUGAGGCUUGUGAAUCUUUCCUGCCUGAAAAACAAACAAGGGAGAAACCUUCUAGUAUCAUACAAUCAGGUGAUGAAAAACUCCUCCACAGAGAUCAGUCGAUCACAAAAACAACUGGAGUUCAGGACUCAAAGCUUCAAAACGGAAAUAACAGCACUCCAUCAAAGAUUAAAUUACAGCUUUUCCCCAUCAACUCUACAACACAGAUAAAGUUGGAGAAGGAUGGCCACAACCCUUUCUUGGAACUCACUCUGAGUCAUAAGAAGAAGAUACCAUCUAUAAUUAAGCACUUGAAUUCGAAAUGGGGAAGUUCUGAUGCAAAAGCAGAUGAGCUCAUGCUUUUCCCAUAUGAUGUGAGGUUGGAAAGGAUUAGGUCAUGUAGUCGAUGGACCUUAAAUUGUGCUGGUAUUACUGCUGGAGAGGUGCAUGCAGCUUUAGGAAGUCCAGCAAUUUUCCGCCUGAGGUAUGGCUGGUAUUCUGAUCUUCAGCUUGAGGCUUCUGGGAUUUCUUUUACAUCCAUGGUGGAGGAGCAGUUAGAAUCAAAAAGCUUUGGGGCAGAUUGCAAUGGUUUUUCAGGGAUAGCAUUAGAUCAAAAGAGCAAAUGUAGUAAUGCAGGUUGGGAUGGUAGAAAUUCUAUCAACAAACAUGAAAUAGAGAAUGUGAUGGAGUCGAGGCCACUCUCCACACCAGUGGAUGAUAUCAAUGCAUGCUCAGUAUUACCAUGGGAUGAUAGUUUGACUAGCUUGAGUAUAGGAGGCUUGCUCUCAGAGGUUUCAUUGCUGAAUAAAAUCAAGAGUUCUUCCCAGAAAUCAGAAAGUAAAUCAAACCUACAGCCUAUUGAGUUAGUUUCUGAUAUUAGUGUGGGAGCCUUGCUGUCUGAAGCAUCUUUGCUGGGCAAGAUCAAUGAUUCUGAUGUUAGACCUGGGAAUAACUCAAGCUUUUUGAAAACUAGAUCGAUCUCUGAUACAUGCACUGAGGGCAUCUUGAGCAAUGCAUCCUUUCAAAGCAAGAGUAAUGACCCUGUUUCGAAGACAGAAAAUGAAGCAGGAUUCCAGCUUAUUCAUUUAGAUUCCGAAUUGAGCAUUGGUGGCUUAAUGUCCGAAGCAUCCUUAGCUGCUAAUGCCAGUGAUCCUACUUCCAGCAAAAAUACGUUAGGGAAGUCUACACGAUCAGUUUUUCCAUGGGAUGAUGAUGGCUCAAUAUCCUUGAGCAUAGGAGGUUUGCUAUCUGAGAAUUCCUUGCAAGCGAGAUUAAACGGUUAUGAUUUGAAGUCAAAGCAGAGCUCCAAAAAAUUGCUAUCUGGAUUGCCUACCUUGGGUGCGUCGGUUGCUGCUCAACAUAAUCAACGUUCACCAAUGCAAAAGCAGCUGUUGCAUGAGUCAUUUUCAUCGAUCCUAGAUGGUGAAGAGACUUGCCAUGCCUUUUCUUUCAAGAAAGUUUCAUCAUUGAACAAGGAUUUGAUUACUUCAAAAAGAUAG